CCACAAUCCCAGAAACACUCUACCUAGAGCACACGUCACGCAACAAGAAGAGAACAUGCAAAGCAAAAAGAAGGAAGAUCUGCAGUCAGAGAAGGAAAUACCAGAGAUUGUGGAUGAAGAACCUUUACUAGCAUGCUCAGAUGUGCCUUUUGAAGAUGUACAAUUCACAACUCCAGCAUCCAAGAAAGCAAUGACGAAACGCACUGGAUCCAGAUGGUCGCUGCGCCAAAAGGCAAAGGAGAAUCAAGAAUCAGAAGGGAUUGAAGAAAUUCAAACAAAAGAAGUGAAAAAGAAGGAACUAAAGCGAAAGGAGAAAACAACGGAUGACCAGGAGGAGAGCUCAAAGAAGCAGAAAACAUCAUCUCCCUCAGCAAAACACACAAUCAGAAGUCAGAUCAACCAAAGGAAAAAUGCAAAAGCAGAAAAGUCACCCAAACCAGGGAAGUUUUCUAAACAUCUGUUUGUUUCAUCAAUUACUAGCUCAUACAUGUCUGAAAUUGCCAAGAAAACCAUUCUGCCACAAAGAAGUAUUGAUGUUGAGGAUUUUGAAGCAAAAACAAACUUAAUCCCUGUGCUGAAAAAGUGUAAUUUGCUUAAAUCAAUUACUCUGUCUGGUUCCUACGUGAGAAAAGUCAUUCAAGAGUUUUACUGCAAUUUGUCUGAGGGUUGCAACAUUCACACUAACUCUUCAUACCACAAAGUGUUUGUGAGAGGGAAAACCUUUGAUCUGUCCCCUACCAAAAUCAAUGAGUUUCUAAACAUAAAACCUCCCUCCUUUGAAAUCACUGUGAAUGAAAGACAAGUCUGGACUGACCUCACAAAUGGUGAGCGUAUAUCUCAAUCCACCAAGUCAAAAGUGCCCUCGUCCAUCCUCAAAAGUUCCUAUGCCAUACUGUUCAGGGUUGCUGCAUAUCACUGGCUCCCAACCACCCAUAUGAACACAGUCCCACUCUGCAUAGCCACACUCAUUUACAAAAUCAAGCAUGAGAUACCUGUGAAUCUUGGAAAAAUCAUCUUUGACCAGAUCAUGAGCUUUGCAUCUGAGAGGGCCAAACAGAAUUCUAAUGGGCUUCCUUAUCCUCUUCUUAUUUAUCAAAUGCUCAAAUCUGAGAAACUUGUAGUUGCAGAUGAAGAAGAACCUGCUCCUCCUCUUCUCCAGGUUGAUUUAAGGCACUUUGAAGGAAGACAUUACAAUGACAUGGCAACAAGGGAAGAACAGAAGACAGCCCCAGCAAUUCUUCAGUCAAACUUUUCCCAAACAGCCUUCAUCAAAGGAGAAAUUCAGCUGAUGCAAGAGAAGAUUGAGGAAUACAAGAAGCUGAUCAAAGAAGCUGAAAUCAAAAAGAAAAAAUGGGCCAUUAUCAUGUCAUCUCUGGACACCACUCCAGAUGAAGUUGCUAAAUCUCAGGGGGGGAAGCCCAAGCAAGAUGAGUCAGAUGAUGCUGCAACACAGGGGGAGCAAAGUGAAGAUGAUGAAGCCACUGAGGAAGGAGAGGACAACGCAGAUGCAAAGGAUGAUAACCUAGCAAAUGAAGAUUCAGACUUUGAGGCUGAACUCCACAAGUUUGAUGAUUAAACUCCACAAGUUGUUUUUUUUUUUGCAAAACACUACUGUUUUUGGCUACUCACUAUUUUGAUGGGAUUGUUCUGUCCCUUAUGUUUUGGCAUGGAUUCAUCAACUCAUAUUUUUGCUAUGUGCAUUAUGAUAUGGGUAUGUUAUGGUG